CCUUGCACGUCACAGCUUCCUCUACCUCCGCCCGCCGCACAUUCUCCUGCUCUUACCGCUCGAAGCGAGCCACCGACCGACCACCUCCGGCGCAGUGGAGGUCCCGACAACAGCAAUGGCGACCGAGACACUAACACAAUCGCGGACCCAAAGGUUCAACUCGCACGUAGCGUUCGACAACAUCCCCCUGGGUGAAUCGACCGAAUACAACCCGAUUGCCUUUACCCUCAAUGUCCGCCAUGCCGGCUACCAGUGGCGCCGACGGCACCGGACCUUCAUGGUCGGCGUAGACGACAAUGCCUAUUCGGACCAUGCCCUCCAGUGGCUGCUCGACGAGCUUGUCGACGACGGCGACGAAAUAGUCUGCGUGCGCGUCAUUGAGACCCAGAUACGCCUGGCCGACAAGGCCUAUCAGGACGAUGCGAAGGCCUUGAUGGACUCGAUCAAGGCCAAGAACACAAAGAACCACGCCAUCAGCCUUGUUCUUGAGUAUGCCGUGGGCAAGCUGCACAACACAUUUCAGCAUCUGAUCAAGAUGUACCAGCCCUCCAUGCUUAUUGUCGGAACCAAGGGACGUAGUUUGGAUGGCGUGCAGGGCUUCCUUGUCAAUCGCAGCUCCUUCUCGAAAUAUUGCUUACAGUAUUCGCCAAUUCCCGUUGUGGUGGUCCGCCCAACGGAGAAACGGGAAAAGAAGAAGCUCAAGCGAGCGGGCGACCCUACUCGACAGAACUAUAUUCAUCUCCUAGGUGGCAACAAGCACGAGGCCGACAGCGAGAACAGCAGCUUGUACAACCUCGAGCCAAACAUUACAGCAGACGAAGAGGCUCAUCGAGUUGCCGUGGCUGUCGGAUUGCCUGCGGCUUACGACCCAACAAUCAAGAAACUACCCCAGGAUCGUGUCAUUGGCCCUACGAGCCGACGUUCCGUGGGUGAGCUUCCGAAGGAAACCCCGCAGAUCCUUGCCAAGGGUGGUGUGCCGGCCGAGAGGCGACCUGGCGAGGACACAGACUCGGAGGAAGAGGAAGAGUUUGAAGUGGAAUCUGGUGAACAGCUCCUCCGGAAAGAGCAGUUGAAGAAUAUGGAGCACAACGAGGGUGCUGCGCUGCGGCGGCAUGUCAGCUCCGGAUCGACCGAUAGCGACGACGAGACCUCGGUCCCCGGUGGAGCCAAGACGAGCUGAGCGUUGCAUGUCGAAUGUUUCCUGCACAUGGUUUGCGCUUUUCAUUGUUAUGCUUCGUGUCAAGGGAGAUACCAGGCUCGCUCCACAGAGCCACUGUUCUUAUGCUGGUCACACAGGAUCUUUAUAUUUCGUCGGAAUGGCUGCAUGAUUCUUGGGAAGAUGGUUCAGGCGUUGAUGGGGUUUUAGUUCUGAUUCGACGAUGCAUUUUUGUCCGGCAACGGUUCAGGCGACUGGACCCCAUUAGA